AUGGUUCUCGAAGAUGUGAAAGAAAUGUGGACAGAGCUGCCAAAGAAGGCCAAGGGCAAGAAGAAGUCGAAACCUGUGGCUCGUGACCGUUUCAUUCCGAAAUUGUUUGUUCGCGGCGACAGCGUCAUUUUGGUUCUCAAAAAUCCUUUGGCUCUUCCGGAAAAUCCAACACAAUAA